AGAUACCAAUGGAACAAAUCAAACCCCGGUGUCGUCCGUACCAGGUUUCGAUCACCGUAUUUAAAGAGUGGGGAACACACUGUUAGCAUUCCAUUCAUUCAUUGGAUUCGAUUCCUAACACACCAUGAUCCGUCUCGGAACUUUAAUUUUGUUUGUUGUGGCUUCUGCCUCCGCUGAAGGCGUAUUCAGGAGUCUUCGCCUUUCUGCUCCCAUAAAAGGUCAUGCUUACGCUGCCCCUGCUGCAGUUGUAGCUGCCCCUGCAGUCAGCAAAGGAUACGCUUAUUCCUCCGAAGUCCACCACUCAGCUGCCUUAGCACCAGCUGUUGCUGUUAAAGGACAUGCCUAUUCAUCUGAGGUGCACCAUGCAGCUCCAGCAGCAGCUGUAUCUUAUUCAUCUAAGGUUCACCAUGCUGCCCCAGUUGCUGUUGCAGCAGUUCCUGCUGCUAAAGGAUAUGCUUACUCAUCCGAGGUUCAUCAUGCAGCUGCCGCUCCAGCAGCUAUCGUUACGGGUCCUGCUGUCAAAGGGUAUGCUUACUCUUCAGAAGUUCAUGGCGCUAACGCAGCUGUUGCUGUUGCAGCUCCAGCCGUAGCAGUACCUUCUGUAAGUUCUUAUUCUUCUGAAAUCCAUCACGGCCCAGCAGCUGUAGUUGCAGGUCCUGCUGCUGUCAAAGGGUAUGCUUACUCUUCCGAAGUUCAUCAUGCAGCUCCAGCAGCUGCCGUAGCUGUAGCAGCUCCUUCUGUAAGCUCUUAUUCUUCUGAAAUCCAUCAUGGCCCAGCAGCUGUAGUUGCAGGUCCUGCUGCUGUCAAAGGGUAUGCUUACUCUUCCGAAGUUCACCAUGCAGCUCCAGCAGCUGUAGUUGCCGCUCCUGCUGCUGUUAAGGGAUAUGCUUAUUCUUCCAAAGUUCAUCAUGGUGCUCCAGCAGCUGCUGUGGCUGUAGCAGCGCCUUCUGUAAGCUCUUAUUCCUCUGAAAUUCAUCACGGACCCGCAGCUGUUGUUACUGGCCCUGCUGUGAAAGGAUAUGCUUACUCUUCUGAAGUACAUCACGCAGCACCAGCAGCUGCCGUAGCUGUAGCAGCUCCUUCUAUAAGCUCUUACUCCUCUCAAAUUCGUCAUGGCCCAGCAGCUGUAGUUGCAGGUCCUGCUGCUGUUAAAGGAUAUGCCUAUUCUUCCGAAGUUCAUCACGCUGCUCCAGCAGCUGCCGUAGCUGUAGCAGCUCCUUCUGUAAGCUCUUAUUCCUCUGAAAUCCAUCAUGGCCCAGCAGCUGUAGUCGCAGGUCCUGCUGCUGUUAAGGGAUAUGCUUACUCCUCUGAAGUUCAUCAUGCAGCUCCAGCAGCUGCCGUAGCUGUUGCGGCACCUUCUGUAAGCUCUUAUUCCUCAGAAAUUCAUCAUGGGCCAGCAGCUGUAGUUGCAGGUCCUGCUGCUGUCAAAGGGUAUGCUUACUCUUCCGAAGUUCAACAUGCUGCUCCUGCAAUAGCAGCUAUCGGCGCUCCAGCUGUAACAUCUUAUUCUUCUGAAGUUCGUCAUGAUGCUGCAGCAAAAGCUGCUGCUGAUGCUUCUGCAGCCAGAGGUUAUUCCUAUUCAUCUGAAAUUCAACACUCAGCUGCAGCAGGAGCUCCAGCUGCUCAAGGAUAUUCUUACUCAUCUGAAGAUCAACAGCGUGCAGAUUCUGCAGCCAAAGAUUAUUCUUAUUCAUCAGAAGUUCAACACUCAGGUUCUGCAAGAGCUCCUGCAGGUCAAGGAUAUGCUUACUCCUCUGAAGGAGCUGGUCAACAGCGUGCAGAUUCUGCAGCCAAAGGUUAUUCUUAUUCAUCAGAAGUUCAACACUCAGGUUCUGCAAGAUCUCCAGCAGGUCAAGGAUAUGCUUACUCCUCUGAAGUUCAACAGCGUACUGAUUCUGCCCCUGCCCAAGCAGUUUCAUAUUCUUCUGAAAUUCAACACUCAGGCCCAGCCGCAGGUGGAUAUUCAUACUCUGCCCAAGGCGGAUCCAGUGAUGCCGCAUCAACAGACUUCUCUUCUGAAAGAAAACAAGCUGCAGCAGUUGAAGAACAAAGACGAAUCGAUGAAGCCUCGUCAUCAGCUGGUUCAUCAUUCUCAUCUGGAGCUCAAGGUGCAGCAGGUGCUUCCGCUGUUUCGUAUGCUGCUGAAGCUGGUCAAGGAGCUGGAAGAGAUACCUCAAGUGGAGCAUCCAGUCAAGCAAGCGGUGACGCGACCGUCCGAGGUUAUUCAUACGCAUCUGAAGUUGCACACACCGCACCGGUCAGAGCCUUUGGUAUCGCCGCACAUGCACAUCUUGCUGCCCCAGCAGCUGUAAAAGGUUAUGCUUAUUCUGCCAAUGUACAUCAUGGAGGAGUAGCUGCGGUUGCAGUUCCAGCUGGAAAAUCAUUUUCUUAUUCCUCUGAAACCCACCAUGCAGGUCCAGCAGUCGCAAUUCCAGCUGCUCCUUUAGCUACCUCUGUUAAAGGAUAUUCUUCUGCAGCCAUCGGAAUCGCUCCAGCACGCGCCGUUUCAUAUUCAUCUGAAGUUCACCAUGGACCUCAUGCAGUAAUCAAUAACUACAAAGGCUCUCCUUAUGUAAGUCAUUAAUUCUGUGAAUGGACUGUCAAUAAAUAAUUUCUGAUUUAAAGUAGUUGAUGUAAAAAGCCAAAGAAAUACAAGCUAUGACUAAUAUGGUGUUGUGUCUUCUCAUUUCAAAAAAAUAACCAUAAAUGCAAAGCAUGUUACCUAGCUGUUUCACAAUUAUAAUUUUUUUUAUUCUUACGUAGUUUAAUCUGACUGCAUUAAAAAAAGAAAUUCAAA